AUGCACUCACCUGUUGUGCUCCUCCGCCUCGCCCCGAGGACCUACAUUCGGUCCCAGCCUGCCCGGCGGAUGGAUCUAACGUCCAACCUGAACCUGGGCGACGACACGGAAAACCUGAGCAGCUUCUCCGCGAUGUCGCUCCAUCACGGGACGAAACUUCGGUCCAGUAACGGCUGCUCUCCGCCGGCGCCGGCUCACCUCCGAGCUGUGACCAAUGUGAUGGACAGCGACCGACAGAGACCUGAGAGAGACACCCCCCCCCCCCCCCAGCACUGGACGAGCUGCAAGCUGAUCAUCGACCCCGCGUUAACCAACGGACUCCACAAAGUGUUCCGCUAUGAUGGACGGCUCUUCAACAUCCCAGUGGAGGACCUAGGUCUGUUCCCUGUGGAGACUGUGAGAGAUCCACGCAUCAGCCGCUUGUGGAGCAGAUCAGACCAGACCGAGCUGUCAGUGCCCAAAUUCAAGUACUGGUGCAGCGCACAUCCACACAAGGAAUCUGCCAUGAAGCCAUCCGUCAGAAGAGCGGCAGCUUUGAGCCAUCAUUCAUCUCAGGGAGACUCUGGAGCUCCUGCAGAGUCUGUCAGGGUCCUCAACAGGAAGCACAGAAUUUGCAUGGUGUCCGACUUCUUCUAUCCAAAUAUAGGAGGAGUAGAAAGUCACAUUUACCAGCUUUCCCAAUGUCUGGUUGAAAAGGGACACAAGGUGGUAAUCGUCACCCAUGCCUAUGGAAGGAGGAAGGGUGUCAGGUACCUGCCCAAUGGACUUAAGGUCUACUACCUCCCCCUGCAGGUGAUGUACAACCAGUCCACAGCCCCUACCUGUUUCCACAGUCUCCCACUGCUGCGCUGUGUGUUCUUCAGAGAAGGCAUCACUGUGGUGCAUGCACACAGCUCGUUCUCAGCUCUGGCCCAUGAUGCACUGUUCCACGCCAAGACCAUGGGCCUGAACACGGUAUUCACUGACCACUCGCUCUAUGGCUUCGCUGACAUCAGCUCUGUGCUGACCAACCAGCUCCUGUCUGUGUCGCUGUGCGAUACCAACCACAUUGUGUGUGUGUCGCACACCGGUAAAGAGAACACGGUGCUCCGAGCAGAGCUCAACCCAGAGAUAGUGUCUGUUAUUCCCAACGCUGUUGACCCUUUGGAUUUUACCCCUGAUCCCUCCAAGCGCCCAGACGACAGAAUCACCAUUGUGGUCAUCAGCCGUCUUGUCUACCGCAAGGGAAUCGAUGUUCUUGGUGGAAUAAUCCCAGAGCUCUGCCGCAAACAUCCAGAUCUGCACUUUCUAGUUGGUGGAGAGGGGCCAAAGAGAAUUGUGUUGGAGGAAGUGAGAGAGAAGUGCCAGCUGCACGACAGGGUGCGUCUUCUUGGGCCUUUGGAGCAUAAAGAUGUCCGUGACGUGUUGGUGCAGGGUCACAUCUUCCUCAACACAUCACUGACCGAAGCGUUCUGCAUUGCAAUUGUGGAGGCAGCAAGCUGUGGACUUCAGGUGGUCAGCACCCGUGUCGGCGGCAUUCCUGAAGUGUUACCUGAAGAUCUGAUCACCCUGUGUGAGCCCACUGUGGGCUCGUUGUGUGCUGGUCUAGAAACGGUUAUCGCCCGGCAGCGGUCCGGCUCGGCCCCCUCCCCCUCAUCCAUCCAUUCACGUGUGAAGACCCUCUACAACUGGAGAAACAUUGCAGAGCGGACUGAAAAAGUCUACGACAGGGUGGCUGGAGAGGAGGUGCUGCCUUUGGACAGACGGUUACGGAGACUAAUGGCUCACUGCGGCCCAGUAGCCGGCUUCAUCUUUGCAUCCAUGGCUGUUAUAGACUUCCUCUUCCUGCUUCUCCUGCAGUGGUGGUACCCAGAUCGGUUCAUGGACAUGGCCUUGGACGCCACCGGCCCUGACGGACUGUGGACAAAAAGUAAAAAAGAACCUCAUUCUAAAAGAUCCGCGAAACCAGCAGCAGAACUCAAUCACCCUCCGCCUCACUCCUAGCUGCAACCACUAAAUGCUGAAUGUGCUCACAGUAAUU